GCCCCAGGUUGACACAUGUUCGCGUGCAGUUGUUCUGUUGUUUCGGCAGUUGCUUCUCGAAAUCUACGUUGCGUGGGAAAACCAUGCAAGAUAAGACUGCAAAUCACAGUGAUUUUUGAUGAAAUUAAACCAGGCAUCAUGUCUUUAGAGCACCUUUACUGAAGUUCUAAGGGUGUUCUUGCAAAUGUUCUCCUUUGGGUCACCUGCAGAUUGAAUUUGUCAGUGUCACAGCCUUGUUCCUACGCGUUCAUGAGCUAAAGCCCAGCCGAAACUCUAGCCCCUUGAUUGGUCCAGAAGCUGGUGUGGCUGAGGUGCACGAAGAGCAGUAUGUGGUUGCUGCUGAGGGGUUCCGCUCUUGCCAAGAGAGGUGCUAAGAUCUUACGAUGGGAAUGCGACACCUUGCUGGCAAGAGAAAUGGCAGAGUACUCAGAAGCUCCAGAUUUUUUGAACUUCUGCGUGGAGAAUGCAGGGCGCUUUGCCAAAAGAGACUGGUUGGCAUCCUUGACGCUUCUGACACUGAGGAAACGAUUUCACACUUCGCUGCCUCAGUUCCAAACAUACAACAACUUAAUAUUGGGAAGGGUGGAGAAAGACUUUCCGGAAAGCAUUCAUUUACUUUUACACCGUUACGGGGUAAUGUGCUACGCCCCAGCUGUGUGGAGGCUUUUGCCAGUUAUGACAGCCCGUGUGCCAUGCAUGACCCCGAAGCAGAUUGCGCUUUGUGCAUGGAGUUUGGGGCGAACACUGGUUCACGAAGAUCAGGCAUGGACAGCACUUGGAGGUGCUGUUUCUGCUCAAACUGGACAAUUUGCACUUUCAGACCUGGCAAUGUUUUCUUGGGGUUUGGCAGCCGUGGAUCGUGCAGCCCCGGCAGAGAUUCUGGCAGUGAAGCAGGCUGCCCGGCAGAAACUGAUGGGGCAACACCUUCAGGACGUUUCCAGUCACAACCUAUGUAUGCUGCUCAAGGCAAUCAGCAAGCUCACUCCUGGUGACAAGCGGUUCCUUGAAUGGCUGCUGCUGGUAAUUCUUGAGGGCAUGGAAGGAAAGACGCUUGCAUUCGCAGCGCAGGGCAUUACAAGUAUUUGGAGUUCCCUUGCGUUGCUGAAGUGGUGCCCAGAGGGGCAGCCGCUUGAAGUUCUGUGUGAAGAGUCGCGCCAGCUUAGACUAGACCACACUUUCAAUCAGGACAUGGCAGCUGAACUUGCUCGAGCAUUGCUGAUUUUGGAUGUAAAGGAUCCCAGGCCUGAGUAUCAAAUUGCAGAUUAUGUAGCUCGUCGCGGUUUGUCCUUAAGAUCAGAUACGCUUCUGACUUUAGCAGAGUUUUUUGCUCUACGGCGGGUUGAUCAUGACUUUGCGUGGAAGAGGCUAGGGGUUCGUGCACAGCAAAGAGGAGUGGACCUUUCUCUCCCUGAGAUUGACCGUUUGGUUGCAGCUUUCCGCAGAGCUGGUCGGGGAAAUCAACGGAUCUUUGGGAUGAUGAGCCUUUUCCUGCGGCUUCGUGAAGAUCAAGCAAAGUACGGGGCAGCCUAAGGGGUCAAAAA